AUGGAACCUAAUAAUGACAGCAGUGGACUGAGCUCUUACUUCCACCAUCAGCUCCACAGCCAAUUUCCUCCGCCACCAACAGCUUCCGCCGUCACCGGAAAUCCAUCACCGGCAAAUGGAGUUGUACCCAACAGUACAACCACUAAGAACAUAGCGUACCUCCAUAGCGUCCCUUCUGCCGUUUCAUCUCCUUUGGAGACUGUCAAGAGGAAGAGGGGAAGACCAAGAAAGUAUGGUACUCCCGAGCAAGCCGCCACUGCUAAACGGCUGUCGGGUUCUUCCGUGCCCAAGAAACGGGACAACCAAUUAUUGACAGCUUCGGCAGCCGGAUCUUCUGGUCCUUACUCCUAUUCUUCCAAGAAUUCCCAAUUGGCUGCUCUCGGCAAUAUAGUCCAAGGCUUCACUCCUCACAUCAUUACUGUAGCUGCUGGAGAAGACGUGGGUCAAAAAAUCAUGGUGUUCUUGCAACAGAGCAAGCGUGAUAUGUGUAUUAUUUCAGCAACUAGCUCAGUUUCGAAUGCAUCUCUACGCCAGCCAUCAACAUCUGGAGGCACCGUUACAUAUGAGGGACAAUUUGACAUCCUCUCUCUAUCUGGAUCUUAUAUGUGUACUGAACUUAGUGGUCGAACUGGAGGACUUAGUGUAUGUCUGUCUAGUACUGAUGGCCAAAUCAUUGGUGGUGGAGUCGGUGGACCCCUUACAGCUGCAGGCCCCAUUCAGGUUAUAGUUGGUACGUUUCUAAUCGACACCAAGAAGGAUAUGACUGGUGGAGCUAAAGGUGAUGCUACUGCCAGCAAGUUUCCAUCACCAAUUGGUGGGGCAUCAGUUCCAGGUGUAAGCUUCCGAGCACCAUUCGAUUCUCCUAACCAGAAUGUUGGUGGAAAUCAAUUCAUGAUUCAGCAUAGGAACAUGCAGUUCACACCUUCAGAUUCCAUGGACUGGAGAGGUAAAACAGGUCACGGUGCACUCAAUUCUCCAGAAAACGGUGAUUAUGAGCACAUUCCCGAGUAG